AUGAACUACACCUAUGAAUGCUGUAAGAAGAAACAGAACAUUCACACUGUAUGUAUGAGAUGUUUUAGUCAUUUUCAUCUGAGCUGUCUGGAAAGGAAGAAAUCAGCUAAAGUAGUGGAUGGAGGAAGUUGCUUAUGUUCUAUAGAAUGCCAGAGAAGUUACAAACGUGAGGAAGAAGAGAAAGUUUUACAAGUGAAGAAACUGAAGGAGUAUACCCAAAAAAUUAAGAACUUGGAGGAGAACAUUUUUCACAUUGAAGAGGAGAACGAAAUAAAGGUGAAAGAGUUGUCAGACCAAAUGGAUAAAAUGAGUCUGUUGGGUAUUGAACAGGAAAACCAAAUAAGAACUCUUAGAAGGAAUAGUGAAACUUUCGAAAACGAAGUUCUUCUAUCGGAGAGUGAAUAUGAGGCGAAGAUAAAGGCAUUAGAGAAGAGUGAAAAAGAACUGCACGAAAAAUUGCAGGCUUCUGAGAAAAUGGUCGCUAGUAUACUGGAGGAUUUGAAUGCCAGCAGAAGGAUUGAAAAGGAGUUAAGGGAUGAGGUAAACAAAUUGAAAAUUACAAAUCAGACCCUUGUCAGUAAAAUAAAGGAUCUUGAUGAAGAAAAUGAAAGGAAUAGAGAAGAUGUACAGGCCAAAUCAGAGGAGAUUGAAAAACUAAAUGAAGACUUGAAACAAUUGAAGAAAGAAGAACAAAAUUUUGCGAAGGCCCCAACCCAUAAAAACGAUCGAGAGGAACAGGGACCAUAUAUGUGUGAAGGAGGAAUUCCGGAUGAGAAUUUGCUGAAACUGGAAAAAAGAUUAUAUGGGAGAUUACUAUUACAGUUACGAAAGAAUUUAUUACCUGAAAUAGAAGAUAAGAAGACAAAACCAAAGGAUGUAGACGACUGCAAAAAGGCACACUCCAAAGAUAAAGAUGAUGGUGAAAAAACACAACCCAAAAAGAAAGAUGACAACAAAACAGCUCCAACUAAAAACUACGCUGAUGUGAUCAAAAAAUCUGAGACCAGGAAUGUUAACAACAAACAGGAAUAUAUAACACCACGGAUAGUUAUAAAUGAAGAACAGACCGUUUUAUCUGAAAAAGAAGAUCACCUGAGGAAGAAUAAGGUUAGAGAAGAUUUUUGGACAACAGUGGGAAAUCAAAGGAAGAGGUCACGAAAUAGGAGUGCGAUAGAGGGAAAUAGUGACAUUGUUAAUCUGCCACCAGAUGCAGUUUUCACCAGUGCUGAAAAGAAAGCCUGGCUUUAUGUGGGCAGAGUGAGCUUAAAGGCAACGGAGGAUAACAUCAAAAACUUCCUUGUCCAAAAAUUUCCAAACAGGGAGUUCACAGUUAAUAUAAACCAGAAAUAUGGCCUCAGGGAGUUCUCGUCAGAAGAUAUCAGUUUUUUCGGCAGAGAAUGUCUAACUAGUAUAGCUAGACAACCAGAGAAGAAAAGAGAAGAAUACCGCGAAAAUGAAAUAACAGUAAUCCAUCAGAAUUUACAAUCGAUAGGAAAUUGUGUAGAUGAAUUGAACGAGUUCCUACAGGCCCAAAACAAGUGUACAUUCCUAUGCGUCACAGAACACUGGAAAACCGCAAGUCAACUUCCGAUCUAUAAAAUUGAACACUACAACCUGGCUGCAAGUUUCUGCAGAACCUUAGAGAACAAACAUGGGGGGAGUGCUAUAUUUGCCAGAGAUGGUUUAUUAGGGAAAGUAAGAAAAGAAGCCACAGAGAACUCAGUAGAAAAUCACAUUGAGAUUUCAGCUUGCGAAUUUAAGAUCAACAAGACAAAGAUCGUUGUAUCAGCAGUAUACAGAACACCAAGUGGAGAUUUCGAGACAUUCCUACAGAGACUAGAAAAACUAGUAGCACUCUUCACAAAUGAGGCUAAUAAAACGGUGAUAAUAGCGGGUGAUUUCAACGUAAACUUUGUCAGCAAGGAUAGCAUUGAAAGAUUACAAAUGUGCUCAAUGCUCAAUUCCUAUGGUGUAUACCCUACAAUUAGCGAAAACACUCGCAUAACUGAAACAGCAGCAACUUGUGUGGACAAUGUUCUAGUUAACAGGUGUAGUAUUUCGGGGGAAAUCCUUCACUCACAGAUUUCUGACCAUACCGCACAAAAACUUACAGUUACUAUUGGCAAGACAGAGACCAAAAAAGUAAUGAGGAGAAUUUUCAAUCAAGAAAACAUUGAUACUUUUCUAAAUGCCUUAGGAAGUUUAGAAUGGAUGGAAAUUCGCGAAAUAGAUGAAAGAGACGUUAAUGGACAAUGUGAAUGGUUUAUGAAGUUGUAUCUGGCAUGUUUCAAUGGAUGUUUCCCACUCAAGAGGAUCACACUAGGAAGUAGGCAAAGGAGAAGAAUGGAUCCAGAGGUGGCAGAGUGCAAAAACAGACGGGAUAUUCUCUAUACAGUAAGUAGUGUUAAUGGAAUGUAA